CCGCAAGACGCGAGAACGAAAUGGUAGGAUACGAACAUAUUUACGAAACCAAGCAAUGCUCCAUACAUCCCUGAUAGAUAGUCAAUGGUCACCGUGGAGAUAAUGAUAUUUUUCUUCCUUUAAAGGGCCUCCGCCCUCACCGUCUCAUAUUCUUUCGACCACAGACAUAACCACUUUGCCCUUAUCCAGCCCCUCAUCGCACCCGCCCGUAAUUGCCGACUGGCCCUGCGAUUGUGAGAUCGGCCAUGGACGGUGGAGCAAGUAACGGAACGGCUCCGGCCGGAGACCGGAUAGAUUUCCAACUCUAUCGCUACACGCCUUCGCUACCCGCCGCUGUGAUAGUCUCAGUUGUCUUUGGCAUCCUAACCGGGCUGCAUACCUGGCGCCUACUGCGAUGCCGCGCUUUCUACUUCAUUGCCUUCACCAUUGGCGGGAUUUUUGAGACGAUAGGCUACGCCGGGCGGAUAGCGUCUCAUUUCAACAAGGAGCAGCUCGCCGGGUUCAUCAUGCAGUCCCUCCUCAUCCUCGUUGCCCCGGCCCUCUUCGCCGCCUCCAUCUACAUGAUCCUCGGCCGCCUGAUCCUCGCCGUCCGGGCCGAGCACCUGUCCAUCCUGCCAGCCAGGAAGGUGACCAAGAUCUUCGUGGCCGGGGACGUCGUCUCGUUCACCCUACAGAUGGGCGGCGGGGGCAUCCAGGCGUCCGGGUCCUUCGACCUCUUCAAGAUCGGCGAGAAGGUCAUCCUCGGCGGCCUCUUUGUGCAGAUCGUCAUGUUCGGGUUCUUCGUGGUGACGUCGGUCCUGUUCCACCGGCGCCUGGCGCGCGACCCGACCCCGGACGCGGUCAAGAACACGGUCCCGUGGAGGAGGCACCUCUUGGUGCUGUACACGGUCAGCGCGUUCAUCCUGGUGCGGAGCGUCUUCCGCGUCGUCGAGUAUAUCCAGGGAAACAGCGGCUACCUCAUCUCGCACGAGGUGUUCCUGUACAUCUUCGACGCCGUCCUGAUGGCUGUCGUCAUGGCUGUGUUCUUGAUCUUCUACGUCGGCGACUUGGAUACGGCUCUGCGGGGCGCUGUUGGGGAGAGGAGGCUUAGUUCGAGCGAUGUCAUGUUGGAGGAGUUGCCUCAGAGGACACAUCACAAGCCUUGAUGCUGGGGUCGGAAAGGAAACCGCUCGCAGAGCAACAUCUCAUUGGUCUGACCGCUGUCAGGGAAGAUCCCUGGGUAUGCGUUUCAUUUGUCGCGGAAAGGAAACAGGAGGGAUAGACUUUACAAUUUUUGCUUUUACAGCUCGGUGAUUUGGUAGCUAUGUAUGAUUAGACCCCUACUAGAAUAAAACAAACUAUGCCUACCUAUGGAA